AUGGCCAACGGGACCAACACCUCUGUCCCGUACUACAGCUACGAGUACUACCUGGAUUACCUGGACCUCAUUCCCGUGGAUGAGAAGAAGCUGAAAGCCCACAAAUAUGCAAUCGUCACCGCCUUUUGGGUGAGCUUGGCUGCAUUCUUGGUGCUCCUGUUCCUCAUCUUGCUCUACAUGUCCUGGUCAGGCUCCCCGCAGAUGAGGAACAGCCCCCAGCACCACCAACCAUGCCCGUGGAGUCACUGUCUCAACCUCCCACUCUGUAUCUGGAGGCACCUGCUGUGCCACAGGGUUCCUGGGGGGACCUCGCAGGCUCCACCAGGCUCAGUGGAGGAACCAGGAAGCAGAGAUGGCCCUGACCAGCAGCUGCAGCCGGAGAGCUCCCCUGCCUCACCCCCCAUUGCCCCUAGGCCCACCUCUGGGAACUGGCCCUCGAUGGGUGUCCUCACAGCGUUAGCUGACGUCAGGAACAAGCCCAGAGAGCCUCCCCCUGGAGACAGAACCUCUCAAUUGUAG